AUGCCUUUUCCAAAUCUUCUAAAGAUUGCCGUAGUAGCAUUUCCCCCGUUUUUCAUAAUUAAUGGCAACGCUAGCAACUAUUCCAUUUCAGGAACUGAAGCCAGGUUUUUGCAGACGUUGUCCGAAGCCCUAGGAUUUCGCUACGAGUUGCUUACUCCUCCAGACAGAGAAUGGGGACGCUUGCAACAGGAUGGAAACUGGACCGGUAUCAUAGGAAUGGUUCAAAGAAAAGAAGCUGAUAUGGCUUUGUGUGCACUUGGCAUCACUCAUCAAAGAUUCGAGGCACUAAAUAUUAGUGAAUACUAUUUCUCCGAUAGCAUAAAAUUCGUAGCACGCAUACCCGGAUUAGCAUCAAAAGCAAAUGCCUACUUGCAUACUUUCCAGUCUACCAUUUGGAUCAGUUCCUUCGUCACGUUAAGCCUUGCAGUUAUUUCAUUUCAUAUCAUUUCAAUAGAAUCAUUCAGUUCUGUUGAACUUUUCUUUCAAAUGGUAGGCUCCAUAACGGGACAACCUUUAACCAUCGAAGCUAACUCAUUAAAAAGAAAAAUACUUAUUAUAGCUUGGAUAAUCUUUGCUUUCGUUUUAUCAUCUUGUUAUAAAGCUGUUUUAUCUUCUUUUCUAACAGUGCCUUUAAAAUUAUUACCCGUAAGGAAUUUUAUAGAGCUGGAAGCAGCAGUCAGAAAUGGGAACUAUAAAUGCUUUGUAAUAGACAAAACAGUUCAUUUAAGCUUGCUCAAAAGUGCUAAACGUAAGGAAAUGAGAGCUCUAGCAGAAUAUAUUGAAAGAUAUAAUUGGAAACUGAAUGGAGAUGAGUCACUUUCUCAGAAUUUAGAUAAAACGUCUGCUAUUAUUGCCGCUGAAACGAAUCUACUUUACGAUUUUGGUUCAGAAAUUGGGAAAGAAGUUUAUAUCUCAGAUGAUGUGCUUUUAUCGGGGUAUGUUGGCAUUGUAUUUAGUAAAGAAUUUUGCUGUUCAGAAAGACUGAAUUCUGCGAUAUCUAAAUUUCGAGAAUGUGGUCUCUAUCAAAAGUUUCUGAGAGACGAAUUGCUUAAAAAAAGUUCCCAAAAUGCCUAUAGCAAAGAGAAGGAUAUUAAAGAAUGGAAUAAUGUAGAAGAUUUGAAGUUUUUUAUGAAACUUCUAAGCGCUGUCAUCGAGCGCUUAUUAGCUCGUUUAAUCACUUUACAACACAUUUAUGCUGGAUGA